UGGAGGUGUGUGUUUUCGUUGUGUGUUUCCGCAGAAAAAAAGCUCAUUCGGCGGAGAACCGAACCCACGGCCCGUCACCGACACACGGAGCCGAACCGGAGCCUCGGUACGAACGAUAGAAUCCGGUGUUGGGGUCGAACAGCUGGAAAACAUCUGGAGGCGCUGGGACAUGAGGAGCCAGCUGCGGACCUGAAGGAGGACAGCCACUGACAUGGCCCACGUAGGCAACGGAGCGGGCGCAGAGGAGGAGGACUGUUUUGAAGAUGCCUACGACCGGAUACCUGCGGCGGGUCACAUGGACCUGCAGACAGCCAUCCAGGAAACUCAGUGUGCUCUCAACCUGGUGCUCAACGACAAGUUCUCUGAGGCCUUGGACCUCCUCAGACCAUGGUGGAAGAACAGUAUGUACCAUGCGUUGGGAUACAGCAGCAUCCUGGUGAUGCAGGCGACCAUGACGUUUGAGCACAAUGACAUCCAGACCGCCAUGGGAACCAUCAAGGAGGCUUUACAAACCUGUCAGAGGUUCAGGAAGAGGAACUCAGUGGUUGGAUCUCUGUCCAGUCUGAUCAGCAAACAGUCCAACCUGCAGGAAGAGGAGAUGCACGCGGAGAUCUGCUACGCCGAGUGUCUCCUGCAGAAAGCCACGCUGACGUUUGUCCAGGAUGAAAACAUGAUCAGUUUUAUCAAAGGAGGAAUCAAGAUCCGAACCAGCUACCAAAUCUACAAAGAAUGUCAGAACAUGCUGAAUGUCAAUCAGGGCCUGGCCGCCCAGUCUGAUUCGUUCAGACAGUUUGAGGGCGGAGUCAAGCUCGGCAUCGGGUCCUUCAACCUGAUGUUGUCUCUCCUUCCUCAGAGGAUUUUGAGGUUGCUGGAGUUUAUUGGAUUCUCAGGAAACAGGGGCUUUGGUUUGUCUCAGCUGAGAGAGGGAGCCUCGGGUCACAGUCUGCGGGCGAUCCUCUCCGCUCUGACUCUGCUGUUCUACCACACUUACGUUUCACUGAUACUUGGAACUGGAGAGGGGAACCUGGUGGAGGCUGAAGCUCUGCUGGAGCCGUACAAACACAAAUACCCCAAAGGAUCCAUUAUCCUCUUCUACUCUGCACGCAUCUGCACACUGCGAGGAAACUUCGAGAAGGCCCGGGCCCGAUACGAGGAGUGUAUCAGCAGCCAGCAGGAGUGGAAGCAGAUCCACCAUCUUUGUUACUGGGAGCUGAUGUGGACCCACUCGUACCAGCAGGAGUGGCAGCAGGCGUACCACUACGCUGACCUGCUGUGCAAGGAGAGCCGCUGGUCCAAGGCCAUCUAUGUGUACCAGAAGGCCGCCAUCCUCAGUAUGAUGUCAGAGGAGGAAGUGAAGAAGACGGGGGAGGACGUUGUGGGGCUCUUCAGUCAGGUAGAGGGGCUGAAACAGCGCCUGGCAGGGAAAUCGAUCCCAACUGAGAAAUUUGCCGUGAGGAAGUCCAGACGCUACAAAACUGCUAACCCCGUGCCUCUGGUCAUCCCAGCUCUGGAGAUGAUGUACGUCUGGAACGGUUUCACCAUCGUGGGAAAACGACCCGACAGCACCGAGGCUCUGCUGGUGACCAUCGAGGCGGCGGAGGAGCAGCUCCUCAACAACACCAACCCAUCAGAGUUUCAUCCAGACGACAGCUGCCUGGUCCAGAUGUUGAAGGGCCUCUGUCUGAAACAUCUGGGCAGGUUACUGCAGGCUGAGCUCUGCUUCACACAGGUCCUGUCCAGUGAGAGUCGCAUCAGAUAUGACCACUACCUGGUUCCCUUUACUCUCUAUGAGUUGGGUCUGUUGUAUAAACAACAAGGAGAUUUCACUAAGGCUACGUCAUACAUUGAAAAUGCCAAGACGAACUACAAAGACUACUCCAUGGAGUCCAGACUGCACUUCAGGAUCCACGCGGCCCUUGGCAGCCUCAGAGGAUCACCAGUCAGCACCCCAUAAUACUCCUGACCGCUGAGUCAUGCAGCCGCAUCAUGAAUCCAGGGAUUCUCAUCCAGGGAUUCUCAU